CGCUCAGAGGGAGUUUUUUCUCCUAUCGCUCUCUCCUGGCAUUUGCUCGCUCCAUUAGUGAGGUGACAGUGGCUGGGGGAACGGAUACUCUGUCUCCAUCUUCUCUCUCUCUCUCUCUCUCUCUCUCUCUCUCUCUCUCUCUCUCUCUCUCUCUCUCUCUCUUCUCCUCAGCUAAUUCUAACAGCAGGGAUGUAGUCCUCUGUCUCUUUCAAACUUCAGCACCGGCUAUGCUGUGAACUCCUUGGUGACCACUGCUGAUUCUAUUGGGACCUUUUUCUUCUCUUGCUCUUCACUGAGCUUGUUUGAGAGGAUCUAUACCUUAAUGAGUUUGGAAGGGGAGGUGUUUGAUUUCUCUCUAUAACCCGGUGGAACUACGGGACCAUGGCCAUGAAGGAAACCAUUCUGCCCAUCAGCGAGGUGUCCGCCCCGUCCCGCCCGACCCCAGAGGUGGUGGAGCUAAAUGUGGGUGGCCAGGUGUACGUCACCAAGCGCUCUACCCUGGUCAGUGUGCCCGACACCACCCUGCACGCCAUGUUCGCCCGGUGCCCACCGCGGGAGCUGCCGAGGGACAGCCGAGGUCGAUUCUUCAUCGACCGCGAUGGCUUCCUGUUCCGUUACGUGCUGGACUUCCUGCGAGACCGCCAGCUGGUGCUGCCCGACCACUUUCCCGAGCGCGAGCGUCUGCAGCGGGAGGCUGAGCACUUCCAGCUGGGCGAGCUGCUGCGCCUCCUGGGGCCCCGCGUAGGUUCCAAGCAGGGCUCCAUGAACGAUGAGGGCUGCCACAGCGACAUCGAGGAGAGCUCGCAAAGCAGCGAGUACCCUACAGGUCGAACCUCGACUUCCUCAGACAAGAGGUCAGGGUUCAUCACCAUCGGCUACAGGGGCUCCUACACUACAGUGCGAGACAACCAAGCUGACGCCAAGUUCCGACGAGUGGCACGGAUCAUGGUGUGCGGACGCAUCGCCCUGGCCAAAGAGGUGUUUGGGGAAACACUGAACGAGAGCCGGGACCCCGACAGGCCGCCGGAGAAGUACACUUCGCGGUUUUACCUCAAGUUCACCUACCUGGAGCAGGCAUUUGACCGGCUUUCUGAGGUGGGCUUUACAAUGGUGGCGUGUAACUCCACGGGAACAGCCGCUUUUGUCAACCAGUACAGGGACGACAAAAUCUGGAGCAGCUAUACGGAGUACAUCUUCUUCAGUAAGUGA